AUUUUGAAUCGGAGGGAGGAGAAGAAGGAAAAUAUGACAACUAAGUUUGAAGGGAGUAGUGGUGCUUUCGCCUUACUAUUGCUUUAAUCUCAUUUACUUUAGUGUCAAAAAGUUUUUCUUCUCCGGUGAGUUGACUCUGCAUUUCUUGAUUUUCCGGUAACCAUCAAACCAACAAAUGGCAUCAUUUUCUUCAUCAUCAUCCACUUCUAUCCAAACACACCUCAGUUUUGAUGCCUAUAUAAGCUUCAACGAGACAGAUGUAGGUCCAUCUUUCGUUAGUCAUCUAUGCAAAGCUUUAGAAAAGAAAGAAAUCACCACUUUUAAAGAUGAUCGGAGUCUAAAGAAAGGAAAAUCAAUUCCAGAGCUGCAUUUGAAAGCAAUUGAAGAGUCGAAAUUCGCGAUCAUUAUAUUUUCAGAGAAUUAUGCUUCCUUUACUGCUUGUUUGGAUGGGCUGGUGAAGAUAAUGGAAUGUAGAGGCGUUGAGUCUUCGAAAUUUGUUUUACCUGUGUUCUACAAAGUGAAACCCUCAGAAGUACGCAAACAAAUAGAAAGUUUUGCUCUAGCAGACUCUGAGGACGGAUCUGAUGGUUGCAUUGGCAGAGAAAGGGUACAACUUUGGAGGGAAGCACUCUUUAAAGCCGCUAAUUUAUCUGGCUGGGAAGUAACACAGCACGGGGAAUUAUUAGAGCUAUACGAAGAUGGAUUACUGAGAGCUAUACUCAAGUUCCAACGGAUGGUUAACUCUAAUUGUUGUACAUGUAUAUGUGUUCACGCACACACUCAAACAAAUGGACCUGAAUCAAGUUCCAACUAAUUAAUGCUUAACUCUCAUAGUUGGGACAGCGAAGCUGAAAUCAUAGAGGACAUUGUCAAAUAUAUUCAAAAGAAGAAGCAGCAGAUUCCAAUUAAUACUGCUAGUAAUUUAUUGGAAACAAACUCUCGAAACGUGUCCUUUUGGCCCACCACACUUGACUUCCUUUCCUCUUUUAUCUUCUCUCACUUCCCCCGUUCGCUCUCCCUUUUUUUUUUUUCGCGUUUUUUUCAACCCGAAUCUCAAGUAUUGGUCAAUCAUCAGGAGGUAGCCCCACAAGCAUGACGUAAAGAAAUAUACAUAUGGAAGCAGAUUCUCUAAGACGUCAGCAAACUCUAUUUGAUUUGUUGUACCAUACGGCAUCACGAAUUAUUUUUUCAUUCCUCCUAUAAACCUAGCUAUUAAACA